GCGCAUGUGCAAUACAGCCGCUGCUGCCCACGACCCUCCCACCACACCCACCUUCACUCAGGCACAGGUGAAGUGGGUCCGGACCACGCAAGUCCAAAAGUCAGGCCGGUUCUUUCAAGCGCACAGGCGCACCAGGUCGACGACCGGUACUCGGUACCGCCGCGGAUGCGCAGUGCGGCGGGGACCGUCGUUCACCUCCCUGCGCGCAGGCGCAGUGCGGCCCGGCCGCUCGCCACAAACAAGUGGGGCGGCGGUUUAAGUCCAGGCCCGCUGCCGCCCGGGUUCCUGCCCGCCCACCGCUCACCCCCUUCAGCCGCUUGAUCAGCGCGUUCUUGGAGCCGCUCUUGGCCAGGCCGCGCUCCUCCAGGGCCGCCUUCAGGAUGGAAGCGGAAGAUGGGACGACUCCCCACGCGCAGAGCACUCUCAGCACGGAAUUGGAGGACAGGACCUCUCCCCUCUUCCCACAGCCCCCCCACGGGAUGUAUCCACAGAGCCCCUCCCAGCAGAUAGCUUGCGUGGUUGGUUGGUUUGGCUUCUGGCCCCCGGCCCAGCGGGAGUGCUUCUUCCACCAGCUGCUGCAGGGGGCGGUGCCGGGCAAGGCGUGGGGCCUGCUGCCAUCCCUGGGGGCCCUGGGCGUCUCCAGUGAACCCCUCAGCCUCGCCCAGCUCCAGCUGAGCCAGUGGGCCCGCUGGUUCCGGGCCUGGGGCCCCGACGACAGGAACCGGUUGCUGGCCGCCCUGGAGGAGAGCGAGCCCGCCUUCGCGGACCGCUUCUACCGGGAGCUGGCGGGGAGCGCGGGAGAGGCCUGAUUGCCCCCUUUCCCCGGCCCGGCCCGCUGCUCCCCUGCCGUCGCCGACCCCGAGUGAGAUCUGAAGGUGUGGGCUCGCAGGCCGCUUCGACAGAGAGCUGGCCGGGGUGGUGGGCAAGUCCUCCUCAGCCCUCCCUGCCCCGUCGUCGUGGAC